CUAAGUAAGAUGUUUUGGUACAGCAGGCAUAGCUGUUAUUUUGGUCACCAAUCCAUCAUAACAAAUAUUACAGUUAGUUACUGUACUGUAGCUAAUGUCGACUCAGGUAGCUACUAACGCAGAAUCUUGUAAAUUGUCACUCUUCUAGUCUAGCGUUGGGGUAAAGUUAUAAAGUUAUCAGGUCAUGGCAUUUAACUAGUUUACAUAACGUAGACAGCCACAGGGUUAGUUCUGUAUAAUAUUUGGUAGCUAGUUAGCAAGCUUGCUAAAAUUACUACCAACGUUAGCAAGCUAGCGGAUUCAGCUGACUAGCUGCCUAUCAAACUUAAAUUGCAAGGAAUAAAUGCAGUCUUUAACAUGACAUAAAGGUAGCCCGUAAUAAUCAGUAAAUAAUGGCUUGCCUUGCACUUCUACAAUAUAUUUGUCUUGGGCUACGUGUGUAUGUAUGGCUAGCAAGCUAACUAACUAACUUAGGUAGCUAGCCAGUUAGCAAUAAGCGUACCCGCCCCCUGCCUGUUAUUGUUGUUGCUUGUGAACCCAUGUUGCAGUUUGAACGCUUGAACUUCGAACGUUUGAACGUAUUUAGCUAACAAACAUACCUGUAUAACUUUAACUGCCUUUAUCUACCUCUUUAUUUUCGCUGUCACAUUUUCAGCUUUUCUGAGAAUAAAUUGAAUGAAUGCAGUGAAGUGAGGUGCUAAGAACCACCAAAACAAUGCGCAACUGCUGAUGAAGAAUCUAAUCGAGCAAAAAAAAAGUCGUCGACGUUCUAGAAAAGAUUGAGCAUGCGCUUCUGAGACAACAGGUCACUUGACACGAUCAUGAAAGCGAUGUCGACAUAAAAUCAAGUUGAAAGCGGUCUCCUCUUGUCUUCACGACAAGGUCGCUCUAUAGGUUGGUCAAAAUGUAUGCCCUGUACAUUGCGAGUGGACUGUUGGCACUGGUUGCAAGCGACCCCUGUGAUCCUGUAGGAUCGGAACAUAGUGAGCUGCUCCUCUCACUCAAUAAGAAGCUGCUGCGUUCUCUGGAGGACCAGGAAACAUCCCCUAAUCCGAGUGUGCACCUGUCCCUGCGUCUGUCUACUCACCACAACCUUGGCAAGGAGAGUGAUCACCUGAAUGCACUUAAAACAGAUUUACACAAUGACAUUGAGAGCUCUCUGGCUAAUAGCCAGCCAGUGGUGGGUCUCCUGGCCCUUUACACUCUGGCCCUGAAGGCCUCCUGCUAUGAUCUCAACACCCUGACCUUCACCGUCAACCAGAGGAGCGAGACCCUGCUGACUCAUCUCAAGAGACAGAUGGCACUAGAGAAAGAGCACAUCACCUUCAGUCACCGUCCUCUGACAAAUUACUACCAGUACUCUCUAGGCGUGCUGGCACUCUGUGUGAGUGGAGUUAGAGUCAACUCUCACGUCAGCAAGAAGCUCAUCGGGGCUGUAGACCAUGGACAUAUCAAACAUGGAGACUCCGAUUGCAUCGACACGUUUGCCAUGGCUGGAAUGGCCCUACAGUGCCUGAAGGAGUCUGACACUCAGGUGCAGGAUGCGACUCUUGACAAGGCCCUGGGCGUCAUCAAGCAGAAGCUACUGGACUCCCGGCGGGCUGAUGGUCACAUGGGCAAUGAGUUCAGCACAGGCCUGGCAGUGCAGGCCCUGCUGGCUAUGGGCAGUCAGGUGCAGGAGUGUUCUACCUCAAUGGAAGCCAUGAGGUCAGAUGUGAGGAAAGGAACAUAUCUCAACCCCAUGGCCAUGUCCCAAACUCUGCCUGCCCUCCAGCAAAAGACCUAUCUGCAAGUCAAGGGCAAGCAGUGCCGCAAUGAGGAUGACAGCCUGGUCCUGGAGGCCAGGAAGCCAGUGAGGGUGUUACAGAGCAAUACCAAAGUAGCCCUGAAGUUGGAGGUGGUCAAAUCACAUGGGGCUCCUGAUGUCUAUUCUGUUGAUGUGCCAACGGGCACCUCGUUGGUUUAUGCCCUUGAACUCCUUCAAAAGAAGAACAUUGGCUUCACGUUUGAGAAGGAGCCCAGCCUGUGGGGACCCUUCCUGAGCGUGGUGAAUGGGGAACGGGCUCGACAGACCGACCGUAGAUACUGGCGCCUCUCGUCAGACGGCAACACUCUCAGCCAUGGUAUCAAAGACUUCAAGAUUGAGAGGGCUCAACAGGUCACCAUCGAAAACACCAGCUACUGAGAAUCAAGAUGCUUGAAGCACAGUGAUUGAAAAGGUGUCAUGUCAAGUUAUCUGAUGUGAAAGCAAUCCAGCUCAAUAAUGUGAUUUGUAGUGUCAUGUACUAGGAUAUUUUGGGGUAACAAAAUUGUAGAGAUCUUAGCUCAAAGGUUUGCAACAACUUUUAUGGACUUGAUUCAUUUCCCCAGUGAAUAUGAAUAGUUAAUUUUAGCAGAGACUCAUGACUUUCUUUACUUUUACCUCUAUGGAUUAAAAACACAUUAUGUAUGAACAUUUAUACAGAAUAUAAUUGCCUUUUUUAUACUUAACAUGUCAUACUUUUUUGUUUGUUUUAAUGUAUGGUUUAAACAUUUUGCAUUUGAAUAAACAAGAUAAACCUUUGGCUA